AUGCACGUUUACGUUCACAGCGCCAAUCCUUGGCUUGAUGGUCAUGUCCGAGAAUGCAUCAAGCGACAUGUACCAGAUGCCAUCUGUCACGACAGUUUUACCGAUAUUCCAGAGGAUGCCGAUACUGUGUAUCAGCUCCUAAAUGGCUGGGAGCUCAAUCAUCACUUCGCGGUGUUGAACAGAGCGAAACAUGGACUGCUUAACGCGUAUCCUAACAGCGAUGCGUUGGCUCGGAAAGAUCACAUGGCAAGCGUCGUGGAUUACUGGAUCACAAAAAGACCUGAAAGCGUCCUCAAAGGUCACAGUCCCGCGACUGUGAAGUUAUCGCUCGACUAUAGCGAGUAUGUUGAAGAUGCGCUGGCUGCGGCAGAUGAUCUGACCCUUCUAUACUCGCUUGAGGACAACGAAGCAAAGGAUGCGUCGGAAAGAGAUUGGUGGAUCCUGAAACCUGCCAUGAUUGACUGUGGCCAUGGCAUUCGAAUAUUCAGCACCAUUGAUGAACUGGCGGGAAAUCUUGAACUCGCUGCUGAUAUCUCGGAAGAAGAUGAAGAAAGCGAAGAAGACGCAGAAACGCCGGAUACCAAAUUCGAGAGCGACGACAGCGCUGAGGGGUUCAAGCCUAGUCUGUCAGCACCUGGGCUUGACUCACUAGACGCUCUCAUUACAGCAACUGGAAAACUCUCCAUCAACGGAACGAGCAAGAUACAAGAUUUGGUCAUCGACGAAAACGAGCGCAUUCCAUCUGCACUCCUUCGAGAGUUCGUCGCACAGCAAUACAUCGUCAACAUUCCGCCCAUCGAUGGUCGGAAGUGGCACGUCAGAGCUUACGUCCUCUCAGUAGGACGUCUAAAAGUUCAUGUCUUCAACGAGAUGCUAGCUUUACUAGCUCUUGACGAUUAUGAGCCUCCUUGGAAGAACCCCAGUCUCAAAUCAUCGUUGACAAACACUGCGCUGCAAGAUGAAGAGGAGUUCACCAGCAAAGAAUCCAUGCGGGACUUUUGGAAGAUUGCAGAUGAAGUUCUUCCUGGUGAUUGGAAGAAAAAUGUCUUCGAUCAAGCUUGCCAAAUCUCAGGAGAGCUUCUUCGUGCAGCCGCUCAUACCAUGGCUGAUAAAUUCACGCCUCUGGAUAAGUGCUUCGAGCUCUUUGCCAUUGACUUCUUGAUCGAUUCCAAGGGAACAGCGUGGUUAUUAGAAGUCAAUGAAACACCCGCAUUUUACGAACAAGGUUAUGCAGGCGAACUUGCGCAACGGCUCAUGGAGUCGUUGAUCUGUGUGACGUUGGAGCAUAUGGGAAUGGCUGAUAUGGAGAGUGAGAAGAAUGUGAAGGCGAGGGAGCGUAUGGUGGAGGUUUUGGAUGCGACGAAGGAGUUGGCGAAGAAUCCUGCCGGGCGAUUUAUAGAGAAAAUUAGAUCAAUAGACAGAAUGGACCACCCCUUGCGUCCAAUAUGGCAGUCAGUUGAUCUCUUCGAAUUCGACGCUGAAGAUGCCCCUCGCAUCAUUGAAGCUAUCGGCUAUUCCUGCUUCACUGUGGAAUAUCUUCCUGGCGCAAUACACUACCCAGACAAAGAUCCCACUGCUGUCCUCCACUCGCUCAAGGAACCGUUCGCCAAUUCCAGCAAUCGAGUUCCCCGCCCCAACGGUUUCUUCGAUCUUCUGCCCCGCGUGUUCGUUCGGCGUAUGCUUCCGUGGUGCGAUGUGCAGACUCUCUUCAGUCUUCGACAAACGAGCUUUCGAUUGCGAAAGAUUAUAAGCAGAUCCCUGAUAUACAAGAGCAUUAUCAGAUGUGCCCUUCCUCUGUACCAUGCAAUACUCGGGACUAGACAUGCACGCCGUGUGCUUCUCAUUGACUUCUGGGAAAAGCGCACCACAAUGUGGUAUGACCACUGUGAGAAUUUCGCCAUGCUUAUCAACAUCCCUGAUUGGUCACGAAUUUGCCAGAGUUGUGUCGAGAGAGGCAGCCGAAUAAACAACCGCCUCACUGGCACAUUCAGAGUCUGCCAAUACGUGAAAUUGGACACUCUCGCACAGUGGCUAGCUGAAGGUGAAACACUCCCUCCCUGGGUUUGGCGCGAGAGCGUUGGCUUGAAAGGCCAGAGGCAAGAUCUGGUGGAAUACGAUAGCGUUAGACAUCUCGACACAGGGAAGCGCCGCUCAUGGAAGCGCUUGGCCCCUUUCAAUUACAUGGUGGCAAGCGCGGUGCCCUACAUGGAUCCGCAAACCGACGAGAACGAGUCUGGAGUCGCGUGCAAAGGAUGCAUCCCCCAAAGUCAGCGAAGGAGAGAGGAUGGAAUUAGGAAGGUUUAUAGCCGUGAGGAGUUCUUGGAGCACUUCCAAUGGUGCAACAGAGCGCAGUUAUUAUGGCAGGCUUAUUGUCAGCCAGACUCAAGAAUUCCUAUCGACACGACAAGUUAUACAGAAAUCCAGAGAGCAAUCGACUCAGUCCAGACAAAUGGCUAG